UAACCGCUUCAAAAUGGCUGCCACAGGAAUAAAAUUUGACGAUGGAAUUCCAGGUUUCGCAUCGAAUUGCUUCCCAGUUAGAAGUCUCCUUCGACAUAAUGAUGAUGAUGGGGAAGGAGCCUGGCUGGUUGCUCACCGUGCUGAACAGAGAAGACGAUUUAAAGCUGUGCUGUGCACCAAACCAAAGUCCUACUCUCAGAUCAAGGAGGAGAGACUACGGUUGGAGAGAGAGGAGAAGGAUGUCACGUGCGAUGCAACGACUGUUACAGAUGAUGCUGUGAAUGUUGAAGAGGAGAAGGUGCUAGAUGGGUUCUUUUUGAUGAAACACUGCUGCGUAGAUGACCCUUCGGACCUGUGUUCUGUCAGUAUCAGCGGCCAAGGUCUCAGUGAAGUGAAGGAAGAAGACUUUGCACUCUUUGAUAAUGUCGCAUAUGUAAACGCCUCGGAGAACUAUUUACCGCUGGAAGCAUUCAAGGGAUUUCCCAUCAUUCGUGAGCUGGAGAUCACACUCAAUGGUCUGAGAGGCAUCAAGUUAGAUCUUGGAGAUUUUCCUAAAUUAGAGAUUUUGGAUCUCUCCUACAACAAUUUAUCUGUUGAAGAUAUUCUUCCUCUUGGUCUGUUAGCUAAUCUCAAAGUCCUCCACCUGACAGGGAACGGAUUCCGAUCACUUCCUCCAGAUUUUGCUAAACCACACGUAACUGAUGAUUACAAAAAACAACAACGCUUCCAAUCUCUAGAAAUCCUCAUGCUCGAUGACAAUAGACUUUCUGACCUUACGACAUUUGCUGCCCUGGCUGCGUUAAAAAACCUCAAAGUUUUAAAUUUAUCAAAGAAUGAAAUCUACUCCGUACCUCAGUUACAAUUGGUGGAGGGACGUCGCAAGACCGAGAGCGUUCUCGACAAAAAGAUAAAGAAGAGAGAGCGCAAAUCUCGAACAAAAUCACGUGACCAGGAUGGUAUGAAAACGCCACCCGUUUCGCGAGAGAACAUGGCGACAGAUGAUUCACUUUCUCAGUCCCAGGGGGAGUCACAAUCAACAGAUGUACAAAAGACUGACUUUGAGAAAGUAACCCUGGAUCCUAUUCCUGAAAGUUUAUUGAAAGCGGCGACUGAAGAGGAGUUUGAUUUCACAGCAGAAAAGGAUUUUUCCCGCACGAUCAGCGAGAUGGAAGAGGAAGAGGAGAAGGUGGAAGAGAUCCCCCCGCCAUUCAACGAUUUGAGAUCCAUUGAUUUGUCGUAUAAUAAGAUAGAAGAGGAGGAAGGUAUAUUAGCAGUUGCUGCUUGGCCGAUGUUAGCGGAGCUGCUGAUUCACAACAACCCCCUGACUAUGAGACACAGCGGAGACCCUCCACUACUCAAAAGGUUCUUGAAGGAGAGGCUGGGCAUUGAUAUUGUAAGGAAGAAACCGGGAGAAAUAGAGAAGCCUCACAUCCAAGUCCAAGCGCAGCCAUCUCGAAAGGUCAAGACAUUGAUACCCAAGGUGCCAAAAAUUGGCGUUGACCAGUUACUCGCCAUAGAAGCAGCAAAGCCGGCUUCUGAAAGGUCCACUUCACGGAGGUCUGCUUCAGUGAAGUCGAAUGUUUCUGAGAGACCAAAGUCACAUGUUUCUGAUCGCAUGUCGUCGCUGAGUUCCGCUUCCAAACCUCUUCCUCCAAUAACCCCAGACCGGCAAAGUGAUGCUUACAGUGACGACAUCUUUGAGGAAGGAUCUCCAACUACUCCAUCAGAAGCGUGGAGUGAGAAAAAGAAGGCAACUUUUGAAGGCGAGGCAUUCUUUAUGACGCAGUUGGACGACGUGCAACCGGACGGAACAACAGAAACAAAACCUGCUGCAGAAGAGAAACAGGCAUCGCCCGUUCCUCGCCCACCGACGGCAGAGAAAAAGAUGAAGCACCGCAAGCAUCGGGAGCGUGUUCCGUCGCGAUAUAAAGGGUACGAAGUGCUACUGGAUGCACAAGAUGAACCAGAUGUAGUUCUGCCCAAGGAUAUGCAGGGGAGUGUGCGGGCAUUACAAUACACUUUGAACCAUCCUCUUGUGUUCCGUGAUCCGGUAGCACAGCUGGAAAAACCACAGGCUUCAUUUGUUCCUUAUCAGAAGCCGCAAGCAGCUGCAUCAUUCAUUCCGAAAUCACACUCAGAGAAAGUUGCCGAGACGUUGGAUGCCGUGAAAAAUCGUCAAGUUGUUGUUCAGGCGAGCUUGACGGACGCCAUAACAAACAAACAAUAUCAGAAACAAUUCCCCGAGGCUCAGAAACUCCUGAAUGAGAUUCAGUCGAAGUAUAACUCUGUGAGAUUGGAUUCGCUCAAAGACGCCAAGGAGAUUCGCCAUCUAGUCAAGGCAACAAUCAACACGCAUAAACCGCCACCGUCCAAAUCACGCGAGAGCAGAAAAACAAACGUGGAACCAGCCAAAUGAAAAGAUACAUCUCCUAUAAGGCGGAGUUCCGUUACGAACUGUGGUCUAUUGAACUGCUAGUGUACACUCAUCACUACUGGUGGCAGCACUGGUAACUUCAUACUGGGUGUCAAAGGCAUUAAUUGAUCUGCAGCCAGUGACUGGGACUACCAAAAAACACCAUAAAACUUUUAUUAGAGCCUAAGGACAUGCAGUUGUUGCUUUAACUUUUCAGUGUUGCCACCUGUUGUGAAGUAUCUGUACUAUAGUGGCACUUGUUUCUCGAGUUUGUCCACAGGCAGACCGAGGCACCUUAUGAAAUGACUGAAGCUAAAACCUGUGCUUUUGAUCUUGUCUGUACUAGAAAGUAAUGUGAAUUUGUAAAUAGUGUAUAUACUUAAAUAUUUGUUAAAUAGUGUAUUGUACAAUUGUAAAACCAUACAACCAUUUAGUACUGUUAUAUUGGAAAUAUUUGAUCAUCACCUCUAGUUUGGUGUUUGACCAACGUGAUGAAAAGAAUCCGAGCCAUUUUAGCUGUAUGAACACUUAACUACUGCUGUUCCACAUUUCUUGUACAAAAUCAUUCCAUUGUUACAGAGUCUCAGAGAUAGCAAAAAAGAUAUAUCUUGUCUACAUUGUAGCAAAUGAACUAUAACUAUCAACUAAGACACUAAAAAGAUUGUUUUAAAAGGAUCAGAGUCUGCUGAGGAUACGCCCUCUAUCAUAAUAUUUUUAACUGUAUUGAAAUUGUAUCUGUACAUGUACCUUUUACUUUGAUUUCUGUGAUGGCCAUGAAUGCACUAUUGUUAUUGAUAAUAAAACAUUUAUGAUGUUUUAUAGAA